AUGGUGCCCAGAGGAUUUGGCUACUGGCUACAGAAGCCACAGGUGCCCCAGCAGCAGCCAUGCCCGCCUCAACAUAUCCAGAAGCCUGUGGAGCCCCAGAAGCCCGCCUGCCCAUACAAGCAGCCACAUGUGGCCCAGCAGCAGACCACAUGUCCGCCUGAGAGCCCCAAAGUGCCCCAGCAGCCACCACACCUGCCCAAAAAGCCUGAGAAGCCACAGGUGCAACUUACCUGCCCUCCCCAGGUCACCCAGCACCCCAAGGACCCGCAGCACCCCAAAGAACCUUAUGUGCUGCAGUUCCCUAAGGUUACCCAGCAGCCCUGGGUGCCCAAGGUUACCCAGAAACCCGAAGUUACCCAGCAGCCCUGGGUGCCCAAGGUUACCCAGAAACCCAAAGUUACCCAGCAACCCUGGGUGCCCAAGGUCCCCUACCCACCCAAGGUCCUCCAGCGACCCCAUGUGCCCAAAUACUGGUACCAGCGACCCCAGGUGCCGAAGUACCGGAUCCAUCGACCUCAGGUGGAAGGAGAAGAUGACCAUAAGGUGCAGCCACGGGCAAACCAGCAGCCCAGGUACCCCAUUCCCCAAGACCCCCAGCUGCCCAGCUACCCAGGUUCUCAGGACCCCCAGCAGCCUAGCUACCCCAUUCCCCAAGACCUCCAGCUACCCCAGCAGCCCAGCUACCCUGGUUCUCAGGACCUCCAGAGGCCCCAGCAGCCUGGCUACCCCGUUCAACCGGACCCUCAGCAGCCUAAGCAGCUUGGCUACCUGGUUCCACAGGAUGUCCAGCAGCUCCAGAGGCCCCAAUGGUUCCAGCAGCUGAGCUACUCCAUUCCCCAGGAGCCCCAGCAGCCAGUCUACCCCAUGCCCCACUACUCCCAGUGGCCCCAGCAGUCAGGCUACCCCGUGCCCCAGGACCCCCAGCAGCCCCUGCAGCUGGGCUAUCCAAUGUUCCAGCAGUCCCAGAAGCCCACCUACACAGUGCCCCAGCAACCCCAUAAACCCAGCUACCCUGUAUUCCAACUGCCCCAGCAGCCCAGCUAUCAUGUGGCCCAGAAGCCGAGCUACCCUGUGCCCCAUCUGCCCCAGAAGCCGAGCUACCCUGUGCCCCAUCUGCCCCAGAGGCCGAGCUACCCUGUGACCCAGAGACCGAGCUACCCUGUGCCCCAUCUGCCCCAGAAGCCGAGCUACCCUGUGCCCCAUCUGCCCCAGUGGCCGAGCUACCCUGUGCCGCAGAGGCCGAGCUACCCUGUGCCGCAGAGGCCGAGCUACCCUGUGCCGCAGAGGCCGAGCUACCCUGUGCCGCAGAGGCCGAGCUACCCUGUGCCGCAGAGGCCGAGCUACCCUGUGCCCCAGAGGCCGAGCUACCCUGUGCCCCAGAGGCCGAGCUACCCUGUGCCCCAGAGGCCGAGCUACCCUGUGCCCCAGAGGCCGAGCUACCCUGUGCCUCAGCUGCCCCUGAAUCCUGGGUUCCCAGUUUCUCUGCAUCCCAUAAAGCCCAGGUUCCCAGUUUCCCAGCGUCCCCAGAAUCCCAGCUACACCAUGUCCCAGCAUCCCCAAACACACAGCAACCCCAUGUCCCACCAGCCUCAGGAGCCCAACUACUCCUUACCUCAGCAGUCUCUGUACUUGGUUGCUCAAAUGCCCCAGGAGCCCAGCUACUCGGUUCCCCAGCAUCCCCAGGAGCCCAGCUACUCAGUUCCCCAGCAUCCCCAGGAGCCCAGCUACCUGGUUCCCCAGCAAUCCCAGAAGCCCAGCCACUAUGCUUCCAUACAGCCACAGGUGCGUAGCUUCCAGCCCCAGUGGCAGCAGCACCCUCAACUGCCCUGUUGUUCCCCUGGUCUGCACCAACUAGUACUGGUAAAGCGCGCCCUCCUGUCCAGUUGA